UUUUUUUUUUCUUUUUUUUGUUUGACCUUGUUUUCUUUUAUACAACUUAAUAUACAUAUAUAAAACGGAUUAUCUCUCUAUAUCAAUACAAUGAGUGAUAACGAACGUUCUGGAUCCACUGUAGAUGACGAUCUCUCUUUACCAAAAGCCACAGUACAAAAGCUCAUCAAUGAAAUGAUGCCGGACGAUGUAGUAUGUGCCAAAGAUACGCGUGAUUUACUCAUCGAUUGUUGUGUUGAAUUUAUCCACUUGAUAGCCUCUGAAUCCAAUGAAAUCUGUGAAAAGGAAACCAAAAAGACCAUUGCUGGAGAACACGUAUUACAAUCAUUACAAGCUCUGGGGUUUGAAGAGUAUGUAGAAGAAGUGGAUGAUGUCUUUAAGGAACACAAAAAACAACAAAAGGACCGGGAUAAGAAGAGUACCCGACUGGAAAAUACUGGAAUCUCUGAAGAAGAAUUAUUACGACAACAAGAACUCUUGUUUGCACAAUCACGACAAAAGUUUGAAGCACAACAACAGUAGAUAGUUUUACAACAUAUAGUUUUUUUUUUUAUUUAUUUAUUGAUUUUUCUAUCUCUCGUCUUUACUUUUUUUUUUUUAUUCGAUCGAUUGAUUUUUCUAUAUAUUCCAUGUACCAUACUUCCUCUUCAUCCAAUUCCUAUUCUCUUUCAUUUAUUUAUCUAUCUUCUUUGUAUUUUUUUUUUUCUCUUU